UAUGUUUACGUGACAAGUGAAGCAAAACCAUGUGACACCACUGUUGCAGUGGCUCCCAGGGGCACGUCAUGGGACCCUGCACAUGGGGUAUGUUUCACAGCCAAACCACCAGCUCCUUCGCCAUGUUUUUCUCCAUGCCCAACCACAAACCACCACCCUACAUGAUUCCGACAACAUUUAUGACUAUUCUUCCUUCACUCCCUCUUCCUCUUCUUCCGUUGACUGCAACCUCUCCCUCGGUACCCCUUCCACCUGCGUCUCCGAAGACGAAGAAAAACGAAGCCGCCACGAAUGCCAUUCCGUCUCUAACUUCUGCAGGGACUUACUACAAUCCAAACACAACAACCCUCAAUCCCAUUCCAAGUCCUCCGGAACCACCAACACCACCGACCCUCUCCUCGCUCGCCGCUGCGCCAAUUGUGAUACCACUUCUACUCCUCUCUGGAGAAAUGCCCCCGUGGCCCUAAGGUACGUAAAUAACUACAAUAUUUAGGAACUUCAUUUUGGAAGGGAUGGAAAAAGAGAAAAAAGAAGACAAAGGGAGAAAGGAGAGGAAGGGAAUAUUGUAGGGGAAUGGAAGCAGCUUUGCUAGUAUAUUGUGUGUGUCUCUAAAGUAAGAUAAACUAUCUCUACUUUUUGCUAUUAAACUUAAAUAUUGUAUCAAAUUAUCUUAUAUUCAUAAUUUUCUUGUGAUCUUGAACCGUGCAUAUAUUCUUUUUGAAAUUACGUGUUUGGAUACCAGAAACACUUUGGCCCCAUUUUUGCUUCUACCAUGUUGUUCAAACUGCUGACAGAAGAUAGCUCUGGAGAUACAUGAAUAUGAGUAAUAGAUGGAGAGAAAGAGGAAGCAAACAGAAUGGAUUUAAUUAUGUAUAUGGGCCAAUAGAUGAUUUAUAGCAUGGUUUUACAACACUAAA